AUGGUGGUUACUCCAGGUAUUACUCAUCCUGAGGAUACAGAAUAUCUAUUGAAAAAUUGUUUGCACAAAGAUGCCGUUAUGCAAUUGUUAAAACCUGUCCUUGGAGAUGGCGCUUUUAUCGCACCAGUACCAGAAUGGUCUCGACGUCGAAAAGUUUUAAUACCUGCAUUCAGCCCAAAAGUAUUAAAUGGUUUUGUGGAUAUCAUUUCAAAGAGAAGCCAAGAAAUCGUCAACCAGUUGUCUUCGGAGAAUCUUGUUGGGUGUGGACAAUUCAGUAUUUGGCCAUAUAUAAGCCAACAUACAUUGAGAACGGUCACUGGGUUGGACCCUCAAUGUCAAUUGAGAAGUUUCCUAGAUCAUCUCAUCAUAAUAUCUGGCAAUGAAGGCGGAUUUUCUAUGAAGGAUAUACGUGAAGAUCUUCUAUUACUUUUGUUCGCAGGAACAGACACUUCCGCAGUCGCUAUUUGUAAUACAUUAAAACUGUUAGCAAAAUACCCGAAAAUCCAAGAAAAAGUAUAUGCAGAGCUGGAAGAAGUUUUCGGUGACUCUGAUCGUCUUCUAGUAAAAGAUGACCUAAAGAAUGUCAAAUAUUUAGACAGGGUCCUGAAAGAGUCACUGCGUCUGUUUCCACCGGCGCCUAUAAUUGCCGAGAAACAGGAAGAUUUAGAGAAACAAGACAGUAAUAAUAAGAACCUAAACUGCAUCGCGACUGACUCAUCAGCUGUAGCUAUAUGCAACACAUUGCAGCUAUUGGCAAAGUAUCCUAAAGUACAGGAAAAGGUUUACGAUGAGAUUAAAAAAGCAGUUGGCGAUUCUGACCGAGUUUUGAAUAAAGAUGACCUGCAGAAUAUAACGUAUUUAGGAGCUGUGUUAAAAGAGUCAUUGCGUUUAUUUCCACCUGUGCCUAUAGUUGCACGUAAAACUCAAAACGAAGUAAAACUGCCAUCAGGUGUAAUCUUACCUUCUAAUAUCGGUGUAUUAAUAUCCAUUUGGGGAAUAAAUCGAGACCCGGAGACUUGGGGCCCUGACGCUGAUUGCUUCGUACCUGAAAGACAUCUUAUUGAAACCGAAAAUGCUCCAACAAUGAUACCCUUUAGUUCAGGACCCAGGAAUUGCGUCGGUUAUCACUACGCCUUGAUGUCGGUCAAAAUAUCGCUUAUUGCUAUACUGCGAAGGUUUAGAAUUGUCGGUGAAGAGGAAACCGGCCCUGCUCCAACCAUGGAGUGUGACUUCACUCUCUUGAUGAAAGCUAAGGAUGGUUAUAGUAUCGCUUUAGAAAAUCGUUAA